AUGACCUGCAUGGACUCGAGUUACGCCAUGAAGUCUGUGUCGUCGUGCACGCACUCUAUCGUCCUGGCCUCGGGGACUCUGAGUCCGAUGUCGUCGUACGAAAAGGAAUUGGGCGUCUUCUUUACUCACAAGGUGUCCGCCAAGGAACACGUCCUGUCCAAGCGUCACGUCUUUGUCCGUAGGAUCUCGCAUUCGCUCAAGGGUGACAAAGAGUUUUACAUGAAUUACAGCGCAUGCCAGAACGAAGAGCUACUCAAGGCCGUAGGUUCCGUCGUCUACGAGUCGACCAAGAUCCUGAAGAAAAAUGUCGGCGAAACAAAGGCUGGCGUCCUGUGCUUCUUCCCUUCUUACAAGCUACUUCAGACCUGUCCAGACGUGUGGCGCAAAGUGCCUCUAUGGCCCAAGUUGGUCAAGGUGGUCGGCGGGCAUCUGUUUCUGGAAGAUUCUGAAAACUCGGACCUCUUGUUCCAUAGGUACAAGACUGCGUUGAUUGACGGAGAGCCCGGCACGGUGGCCCUGUUUCUAGUCGUGCACAGAGGCAAAAUGAGUGAAGGCGUCGACUUCUCCGAUUCGCUGGCUCGACUCGUCGUAUCCGUGGGGUUACCCUAUCCGUCGUAUCACAGUCCGGACGUAAAGGUCAAGGUCGAGUUUAACCGCAGCAGGGGCGGAGACGGGGACGAAUGGUAUAAAACGCAGGCGAUGCGAGCGGUUAACCAGUCCGUGGGACGCUGCGUACGUCACGUGAACGACUGGGGGGCCGUCCUAUUGCUCGACAGUAGGUAUUUUAGACCCGACGUUUGGAGCGACUUAUCGCAUUGGGUCCAGGUCUGCGAAGACGAGUCGUCCACCUUCAAAGACACGAAGAAAUCUUUGCUCGAGAUAAACUCGUUUUUGAACGGUCGUCUAUGA